CGGUCCCUUCCCCUCCCCUUCUCCCUCCUCCUCCUCCUCCUCCUCCUCCUCCUCCUCCUCCAGCUCAGGUUGCAGCUCCUCUGGGGAGCCGCUCACCUUUCCGGAGUGGGGGAAGCAGCCCGAGCCGGCAGGGACCCCAGCAGGGCGCAGGGCGCGCGCCCAGCCCCGCCGCCCCUGGCCGUCGCGGUGCCCCCAGGACACGCGCGGACCCCGCCACCUGGCCCCUCCCGACCAUGAACAAGAUGAAGAACUUUAAGCGCCGCUUUUCCCUGUCAGUGCCCCGCACUGAGACCAUCGAGGAGUCCUUGGCUGAGUUCACAGAGCAGCUGAACCAGCUCCACAACCGGCGCAAUGAGGACCUGCAGCUCGGUCCUCUUGGCAGAGACCUCCAGCCAGUGUCCAGCACCUUCUCCCCCACAGACAGUGGGGAGGACCCCGGGCAGCCGUCCCCUGGCAUGCGGUACCGACGCCAGAGCCAGCGCCGCUUCUCCAUGGAGGACAUCAGUAAGAGGCUCUCCCUGCCCAUGGACAUCCGUCUGCCCCAGGAAUUCCUGCAGAAGCUACAGCUGGAGAGCCCAGACCUGCCCAAACCACUAAGCCGCAUGUCCCGCCGCGCCUCCCUGUCAGACAUCGGCUUUGGGAAAUUGGAAACGUAUGUGAAACUGGACAAACUGGGGGAGGGCACCUAUGCCACAGUCUUCAAAGGGCGCAGCAAACUGACGGAGAACCUCGUGGCCCUGAAGGAGAUCCGGCUGGAGCACGAGGAGGGGGCGCCCUGCACUGCCAUCCGAGAGGUGUCUCUGCUGAAGAACCUGAAGCAUGCCAAUAUAGUGACCCUGCACGACCUCAUCCAUACAGAGCGGUCCCUCACCCUGGUGUUUGAGUACCUGGACAGUGACCUGAAGCAGUAUCUGGACCACUGUGGAAACCUCAUGAGCAUGCACAACGUCAAGAUUUUCAUGUUCCAGCUGCUCAGGGGCCUGGCCUACUGCCACCACCGCAAAAUCCUGCACCGAGACCUGAAACCCCAGAACCUGCUCAUCAACGAGCGGGGGGAGCUGAAGCUGGCCGACUUUGGGCUGGCCCGGGCCAAGUCGGUGCCCACAAAGACCUACUCCAAUGAGGUGGUGACCCUGUGGUAUAGGCCCCCCGAUGUGCUGCUGGGGUCCACAGAGUACUCUACCCCCAUCGAUAUGUGGGACCCCUACAGAAGAGACGUGGCCUGGUGUGACGGCCCUGUCCGAGUUCCGAGCCUACAACUUCCCCCGGUACCUCCCCCAGCCGCUCAUCAGCCACGCUCCCAGGUUGGACACCGAAGGCAUCAACCUCCUGACCAGCCUCCUCCUGUGCGAAUCCAAGAGGCGCCUGUCGGCAGAGGCGGCCCUGAGCCACCCCUACUUCCGGUCUCUGGGGGAGCGCGUGCACCAGCUCGAAGACACUGCCUCCAUCUUCUCCCUGAAGGAGAUCCAGCUUCAGAAGGACCCAGGCUACCGGGGCCUGGCCUUUCAGCAGCCAGGACGAGGGAAGAGCCGGCGACAGAGCAUCUUCUGAGCUGUGCCCACCCUGCUGCAGCCCAAGGGACGAGAGGUCACACUGAGCACAACUGGGGGCAGGCUGGGGCCUGUGUGGCCCUCGGAGGACUGAGGAGCGGGGGUCUAACGGCCGGCCCAGAAGACCUCUCGGCAGCACUGCUGGCCACGGCUGUUUCCUCUCGCUGCUUCCUACGUGCCUCCCCAGCGGCCUUGGCCUGGACACCAAGCCUUCUGUCACCUGCCCAAGGCCUGGGCAUGAGCUGCUUCCCUGGGAGGAGAGGAGGGCACAGGGAGGAACCUCAGACGCUUUCCCACCCUGAAGUGCUCGGGCCCCGGCGUGGGACCCACAGGAGAAUCCUGGUGCCCUGGACAGGGGCCCCACCUGGCCUCUCCCAGGGCCUGCCUGCCUGCCUCACCCGUUUGGUAGAGCCCCUUACAGACCCCUUGGAGCCCACACAUCUUUUACUUCUUUGCUGUCUGAGAGCAGGAAGUGACAUGGCAUCUUGUCUGGGACCCUGGAAUCCAGGUGCCAACGUGUGUGCCAAAGCCCACCCCGCCCACCUGAGAGGAGAGUGUCUCCGGAGCGGCAGUGGGAAUGAUAGCCCGUCCCCUCUUCUCAUCACCCCACCCUGUUCCCAUUCCCCACUCCUUGCCAGAGGCCCCAUAGGCCGCUGGAUGCCCAGCUGAGUCCAGAGGUGGUCUGGUACUGCCAGCUGCACUCCUGCCACCUCAGCCAGCCCUGCCCGUCUCCCCAGGCUGAAUGGGAUUGCCUUAAGUUGGCAGGUGAUAGAGUACUCACUGCCCUUGGAGCUCUGAGCCAGGCUCCUCCCUGUCCACCCUCUCCCGAGAGUACCUCCUGCUUAUCAGACUGAGCGCUGGUAAGCCAGUCCCAGGACAGGGUCCCGGGGGCGGCACCCAGAUAUGCAGGGUCACCCUGACACUGGUGCCAGGCCAGCCUCGGCUCCUUGGGGCUGGCACAGCCUCCCGCGUCCCCUCCUUCUCAGCCCCUGUGGCCCUAUCUUUGCUCCACGCGACCCUGGCACCAGCCUCCCCCUGCCCCUGGCCUCCCCGGAGGGUGGUCACAAGAGGGAUGGUGUAAAUGCCACUGUCUGAGGUGGAAGAAGGUGAGACGGGACAGGGCAGGCUUUGAUUCUGAGAGCCCUGCCCCAGGGGGCUGAGACGAUGAGGGGCCACGGCCCCUGAAGAAGGCACCCCUCAACACCCCUGCAGAGCACCCCCGUUAUAUUGCCGAGGUCUCCGCAACACUUGGCUGAGUUUUGAACGACAAGGCCAAGGGGAGGCUGGGCCCAUCCUUCCUGCACAAGCCCCCUGCAGGCCAACCCCCUCAGCCUGAGGAGCAGCCCUGAGGGUCUUGGCCCCCACAAAUCCCUCCACUCCUCCCCCACUGUACUGUGAAUGUCCCAUGACUCAGCACAAAGACAGAUAAUAUAUUUAAUUCAUGUUGUACAGAAAGAGCAAGUGGUCUUGUGCAGAAAAGCUGGUUUUGACAGAUUGAUGCCAGAGAGGGAGGACGAAGGCCCUGCUCCGGGCCUCGUGAGUGUGGGAGGGGCUUGCUUGUGUGUGUGUGUAUAUACAUAUGUGAAGUGGAAAGUUUGGUUCGUGUGUGUCUCUGAACCCACCCUGGGCCGUGGGA